AUUGAAGAUUGGAGUCUUGAUACUGUAGUAGAGAAGUUUCAUUUUCAGUCAGAGAACUUCUGUGUUUGGUUAAGGUUUCGUUUACUUAACCAACCUUAUCUGUUUGAAGUCGGUAGCUAUAGUGCGUUUCAAGUAGUGUGGCAUCCUCAUCUCUUGUCAAAGUUGGUUUAAUACUUAAUUAUCCAGCGGCAAUCAAUUGUUUACGUUAUUAUUUGUAAAAUCGCACUCUUGUCAAUAAAUCAUAAAGCCUGUGUGUUUUACUUUUCACAAAAGAAAGUCCAAAAUUAAACAAGAAAAGAUUGUGUGUGUAACAUCGCAUUUUGAGAGUUGAAAAGUGAUUUUAAAAGUGUCAUAAAAGAAUUCAUUGUUUACCGACAAUUUAAAUAGGAGAAAUCUACCACAAAAAAGAAAUAAGAAGAAAAAAAAGAGGCCCAGCGGAAGGUGUAAUUGGUGACAUGUCUCAACACAAAAAGACACCUGAUCUACAAGAUGAUCAAAGAUUUGCCUUGAUGAAGUUUCGUCGAAGUGUUGCUGAUGUUAUUCAACCUGAACAUGAUGAUUACUACCUUCUUCGAUGGCUUCGAGCCAGAAAAUGGAAUGCUGAAGCAGCGGAGAAAAUGUUGCGAACUAGUCUUAAAACCCGUGCCAUGUGGAAUGUAGAUAACAUCGACAAAUGGGAUUGUCCUAAAGUACUAAUUGAAUAUACACCAUCUGGACUUGUUGGAUUUGAUAAAGAAGGAUCACCAAUCAUUGUUUGUUCUUUCGCUGGCAUGGAUAUGUGGGGAAUGCUUCAUUGUGUUACAAAAUUUGAAUUUCAAAAAUACACAGUCCUGCUUUUGGAUCGAUACAUGAGAGCUGGAUAUGAAAGUAGCAAAACAUUCGGCCCACAAGCUCGACAAUUAGUUGUCUUCUUCGAUAUGUCUAAUUUCAAUCUCAAACAGUAUGCUUGGCGACCUGCUGCAGAACUUAUAAUUACCAUGAUGAAACAGUACGAAGCUAAUUAUCCAGAACUUCUCAAAAUGUGUUAUAUUGUAAAUGCUCCUAAACUAUUUUCGGUUGCUUUUAAUUUUGUGAAGAAAUUUUUGGAUGAAUACACAAUGAGCAAGAUUAAUAUUUAUAAAAGUGGAUCAGAUAAAUGGAAGUCACAAAUGUUCUCUCAUGUCGAUCCAGAUGUAUUCCCAAAGAGAUUCGGAGGCAAUUUGGUGGAUAAGAAUGGUGAUCCUGAUUGCAAGUCUCUAAUUUGCUAUGGUGGUAAAAUUCCCAAAGAACUGUACACCCAACAGAGUGAUGAUAACGACAAUGGCAAGACUUUCAUCGAAACCACUGUCAACAAGGGCAAAAAGCUGAAACUUGAAUUUGAUGUGGCCGAAGAUUCCAGAGAUCGCUUACUGACAUGGGAAUUCCGAACAACUGAUUAUGACAUCAAAUUUGGCAUUUACAGUAUUGAUAAUAAGACUGGUGAAAAAACAGAUGAAAUCUCCUUAGCCACAGUGUACUCCAAUGAAAUGGACGAAAUAGGCUUUAUCAACUGUCGACCAAAUUCCAAAUACGUUGCAGUAUUUGAUAACUCACAUAGUUAUUUGCGAAAUAAAAAACUACGUUAUUGUGUCGAACUUGUGACAGAUAUUGAUGAUGAAGUUGAAGAGCUAACAGAGGAUUUCCAAGCAACAGCAUUAGUUGAAAAGAGUUAAAUUAUUAUCGUUUUUUUUUUUCUAUUAAAAAAAAAGAAAUUCCUAGUAAAAUCUUUUAAUUUUUUUGUAUAUUGUUAUAAUGUAUUUACGUCUAUACUCAUUAAGCAAGGGUGGUGUAUGUUAUGUAUAAUACUUAUUAUGAUAUUGUAAAAAAGAUAAAGGGAUUUAUUGUA